CAGCUUCUUUCUUCAGAGAUUUACCAAAGUCCAGUGAGAGAAGCCAACAGACCAGAAAAGAAAAAAAGAUGUUCACCAAAAUCUUGUUGGUCGCCCUGUUCACUUCGAUGGUCCUGGCCGUGGACUACCAGCAACGGGAGGCCGACGAUGAGGCCCAACAGGAGCAGGAACUGAUCCAGCCGACGGCCCGUUUCUUCGCCUUUCAAACGACCAAGACUACGGUGACGGUCGUCACCACGACCGUCGAGAAAACUGUGCCGUCGACCUGCGCUGUUUUGGCGGCCGGAGUGACGGCCUGCAGGCGCAGGAGAAGCGCAGUUGAAAAGCCCGUCAUUCUCCCAUUGGACCAAGAUGAGCAAAUCGACCUGUUCAAUCCAUCGCCCGUCCAACCAUUGGAAACGACACAGGCCGUCAGUUUGGACGCGCCCGUCAGCGGGUUUGAAGGUUUGGAAUCGUCCAGCAGCUCGCCGGUCGAGGUGGACAUUGUCGGCCUGCAGUCCGACUGCGUGGGACGUCGUUUCGGCCUCGUGUCGAUGUUGGCAUCCAACGUGGCUUCGGCUUUCCCGGGAGUCAACUCCGUGUCGGAUCUGGCGUCCAGCUUGGCCUCCAACUUGAGUCUGACUCUGCGCUUCAAAACGACGCUGACGGCCACCGUCACCGUCACCAAAACCGUCACCAACGGCUCAAAGGCUUUCACCAUCUCCAACUGCACGCCCAGCCCGUUCUUGUACGCCACUUGCAAGCCUUAAUUCAUUUUUCAAAAAAAAUUAUUUUGGCGCCAAUUUUUUUUUUAAUUUGAAAUUUUACCGAUUGACAUCAUCUUCUACCGAUGCCGAUAUAUAAUUUAAAUACAGUAAAAUGUCAUCUAAACAUUUGUGCAUGUAACAACCGUCCAAACACGAACCUAUAAUAUGCAAAGAAUGCCAGCAUCCAUUGUCAUUUGUUUUUAAACUAAUUAUUUAGGGUCAUUGGUCUGUGUGUGGUGUCUAAAUGUCUGUUCUAUUAUUUGCUCAUUUCGGCUCAUUUAUAAUAACAAUCAAUUAUUGUGUGUGAUGUACUGUUGUAUUAUGUCCCCCUCCUCCCUUAUUCUUACAUAAUUGUUUCCCCCAUUUUCCUCUUACAUAUAACCAAUAUACAUUAAAUAAUCCA